AGGUAUACAGUUUUUACAUGUAGACUUAGGUGUGUGUAUUGCUUAGGAUAGUAUCCCUGAAGACUAGGCCAGGGUACCUAUAUCGAUGAACCUGAUGAAGAAAGAGCUGUCCAGGGAACAGCCCCCACAGAACACCGGUCCUUUGGUUCCUAGGAUCCCCUCACCAGGAACAGGUCUAGCAAGGGUGUCAAGCUCCAGUUGUAUUCCAGGUGAUGGGCUUACUGUGCAGCUCUCUGCUGGAAACCAGAUUGCAAGUGUGUUGUGAAAAAAGACCAUAUCAUCUUUCUUUAAUCUCCACAGAUCUGAAACAUUGUCACUUAAAGAAAUGGUUAUUUAAGAGAGGAGAGAAAAGACCCUUUAUGACUUCAUUUAAAAUGUUCUUUCUCAGGUUUGUGUGUGAGGGAGGUAGAGAGGGAGAACACACAGUGAUCUGGUCCAUGAGAAUAGGGUUCUACCUGCUGUACCCUAAUUUUUGUAGUGUAGGCAGAGACAGCAGAUGGAUGCUCAGUUACAGUUAGAGGAGUCAGCGAUCGGGAGAUGGAGGCACUGGGUAGAGAAAUUCUGAGAAAUCUGUCUGUAAAUACAAAGGGAGGUGAGAGUGGUUGAUUCAAGUGAAAGAGGUUACUCUGUAAUAGUAGAAUUGUAGAAUAGUCUGAAAGGUGGCUCAGAAUGAUUACUUUAGUAACUCGUUCCAGUAUUUAUUAAGGUCAGUGGUGAUACGUAGAGAACUCUGUGAGGGAAGGCAGUCAGCAGGAAGUCGGAAUCACGAGAAGUGGUAAGGAGGUUCAGUGCCUGACAUUCAGGUGUGACUUAUUUGCAGCUUUUUAACCAAGUUUUUUGUUUUGUUGUGGUGAGGAUUCUUUUUGGGAUUAUUUAUUUGUUUUUGUUUGGUCCCUUAGAAAUCUUGUUGAGUGUUACAAGAAGAAUCAGGAAAGAAUUGAUUAGGCGCAGAUGUCCACAGGGAUACAAAGAAGGCUCUGAGUCCAGCAUUACUUUUCCUUCAGAAAGCUAUCCAGUUUCUUUUAUCCUUGUUACAGACAUCUGAAUUCAUGCUGCCAUGUUUGAGAGAAAAUUUAUAGGGAGAUUAGUUAUGAUUUUUUAUUACUUAUACCAGUUACUUUAUAUUGUCUUAGCUAAUCAGACUCUUUUAAAGCAGUGUGGUUUCUUUAAAAGCACACGUAUUUUUCUGGUUAUGAAAGCAAUACAUUUUUUCUGCAUAAGAUUGGAAAACAUAGAUAAGAAUAAAGGAAGAUAAGUCACCCAUAAUAUCAUCAUGAGAUAAAAUAUUAAUAGUUUUAUUUAUUUACCUUUUUGUAUGCAUUUAGAAAUGUAUGUGAAACAACAUAUCAUGACCAUUUUCCCAUAUUAUUAAAAAUUCUAAAAAUGUUAAAUCUUCCUACCCGUUUUUGAACAUUUACUCUGCUUCUGAUUUUUCCUAUUAUAAAUAAUGCUGAUGAAUAGCCUGCUGAUAAAUUUCUUUGUCUCUAUCUCAGAUUAGUUCCUUAGAAUAAAUUUCCUGAACGUGGAAUUGCUGAAUCAAAGAUGUGAAUAUUUUUAAGGUUUUUAAUACAUUUUGCCAACAUGUCUUCAGGAAAGAUUGUUUUGUUUAAAUUCUUGACCAGCAAUAUUGGAGUGUAUCUGUGUACUGGAUACAAAUUCCACACAAUACUGGACUAAAACAUGCUUGAUGUGUCUUUUCAUAUACUGGUUUUCUUCAGUUGAGAAUGGUCAUGUUCAGCCUUCAGCCAUCAGACAUGUUCGUUCUUGGAGCAACAUACCCUUUAUCACUGUGCCCCUCAGUCGUACACAUGGCAAGUCUUUUGCCCACCGCAGUGAGCUGAAGCAUGCAAAGAGAAUUGUGGUGAAACUUGGAAGUGCCGUGGUGACCCGAGGGGAUGAAUGUGGCCUGGCCCUGGGGCGCCUGGCGUCUAUUGUUGAGCAGGUGUCAGUGCUGCAGAAUCAAGGCCGAGAGAUGAUGCUGGUGACGAGUGGAGCUGUAGCCUUCGGCAAGCAGCGCUUGCGCCAUGAGAUCCUUCUGUCUCAGAGCGUAAGGCAGGCUCUACAUUCAGGGCAGAACCACCUGAAAGAGAUGGCAAUUCCAGUCUUAGAAGCCCGAGCCUGUGCAGCUGCUGGACAGAGUGGGCUGAUGGCCUUGUAUGAAGCCAUGUUUACCCAGUACAGCAUCUGUGCUGCCCAGAUUUUGGUGACCAAUUUGGAUUUCCACGAUGAGCAGAAGCGCCGAAACCUCAAUGGGACUCUUCAUGAGCUUCUGCGAAUGAACAUCGUCCCCAUUGUCAACACAAACGAUGCUGUUGUCCCUCCAGCAGAGCCCAAUAGCGAUCUCCAGGGGGUAAAUGUUAUUAGUGUUAAAGAUAAUGAUAGCCUGGCUGCCCGUCUGGCUGUGGAAAUGAAGACUGACCUCUUAAUUGUUCUCUCAGAUGUAGAAGGUCUCUUUGACAGCCCCCCAGGGUCAGAUGAUGCAAAGCUCAUUGAUAUAUUUUAUCCUGGUGAUCAGCAGUCUGUGACAUUCGGAACCAAGUCCAGAGUCGGAAUGGGUGGCAUGGAAGCCAAGGUGAAAGCGGCUCUCUGGGCUUUACAAGGUGGUACUUCUGUGGUCAUUGCCAAUGGGACCCACCCCAAGGUGUCUGGGCAUGUCAUCACAGACAUUGUAGAGGGAAAGAAAGUUGGCACUUUCUUUUCUGAAGUAAAACCUGCAGGCCCUACUGUGGAGCAGCAGGGAGAAAUGGCUCGAUCAGGAGGAAGGAUGUUAGCCACUUUGGAACCUGAGCAGAGAGCAGAGAUUAUCCAUCACCUGGCCGAUCUGUUGACAGACCAGCGAGAUGAGAUCCUGUUAGCCAACAAAAAAGACAUGGAGGAGGCCGAAGGGAGACUUGCAGCUCCUCUGCUGAAACGUUUGAGCCUCUCCACGUCUAAAUUGAACAGCCUGGCCAUCGGUCUGCGGCAGAUUGCGGCCUCCUCCCAGGACAGUGUGGGGCGGGUUUUGCGCCGGACGCGAAUUGCCAAAGACUUGGAGCUAGAACAAGUCACUGUCCCAAUUGGAGUCUUGCUGGUCAUCUUUGAGUCUCGCCCUGACUGUCUACCCCAGGUGGCAGCCUUGGCUAUAGCAAGUGGUAAUGGCUUGUUACUCAAAGGAGGGAAGGAGGCCUCACACAGCAACCGAAUCCUUCACCUCCUGACCCAGGAGGCCCUCUCAACCCAUGGAGUCAAGGAGGCUGUACAGCUGGUGAAUACCAGAGAAGAAGUAGAAGAUCUUUGCCGUUUAGACAAAAUGAUAGAUCUGAUCAUUCCACGAGGCUCUUCCCAGCUGGUCAGAGACAUCCAGAAAGCUGCUAAGGGCAUCCCAGUGAUGGGGCACAGUGAAGGCAUCUGCCACAUGUACGUGGAUUCAGAGGCCAGUGUCGACAAGGUCACCAGGCUAGUUAGAGACUCCAAAUGUGAAUAUCCAGCUGCCUGUAAUGCUUUAGAGACCCUGUUAAUCCACCGAGACCUGCUGAGAACACCAUUGUUUGACCAGAUCAUUGACAUGCUGAGAGUGGAACAGGUGAAGAUUCAUGCAGGCCCCAAGUUUGCCUCUUAUCUGACCUUCAGCCCCUCUGAAGUGAAGUCCCUCCGAACUGAGUACGGGGACCUGGAGCUGUGCAUUGAAGUGGUGGACAGUGUGCAGGAUGCCAUCGACCACAUCCACAAGUAUGGCAGCUCACACACGGAUGUCAUCGUCACCGAGAAUGAGAAGACAGCUGAGUUCUUUCUCCAGCACGUGGACAGUGCCUGUGUGUUCUGGAAUGCCAGCACUCGCUUCUCUGAUGGCUACCGCUUCGGACUGGGAGCUGAAGUGGGAAUAAGUACAUCUCGAAUCCACGCCCGGGGGCCAGUGGGACUAGAAGGACUACUGACUACCAAGUGGCUGCUGCGAGGGCAGGACCACGUGGUCUCAGACUUCUCAGAGCACGGAAGUUUAAAGUACCUUCAUGAGAACCUCCCUAUUCCUCAGCGAAACACCAACUGAGCCCCUUCAGAGGAGAGCCGGGCGUGUCCAAGGGGUCUUCACAGUGAAGCUCAUCUCAAGCAUCUCGGGCGGAACCCUGUCUUGUCUCCCACCUCCUGGUAGGACCUGUCUGUUGGAAAGUGCACCUCCAUGCUUCUGGGCUGUGUGGCAACAUCAAUCUGGGCUAAGGACUCGUGUUCCAGCGCCCCCCCCCCCUCUUUUUUUCUUUUCUCUAAGUUAGAACAUAAUUGCUGUAGAUAGGGAUUUUGCAUGAUUGCUACAGAGAGGGACUUUGCUUCACAUAGUGCAAUUCCUUUUGAUGAUGAAAACAGAAAGGUGCGGUUUUCCCACAUAAAAGGCAAUGGAAAAAUCACAGUCGAUUUUUACCUUUUAUCACCUCAAUGAGGUCGAGUCUCCUUUGGCAUUUGGUUGUUACAAGAGCCAGUCAUACCUGACAAGUCUCUCCACAUUUCAUUUCUUUCACACUCUUGGUCUUCAGAAAUGAGAGAUUUAGAAUUUGGAGAGGGGCAGUUCUUAUUAGCAUUCUCAUCAGAAACAGUCACAGAGAUGGACUGAAUCAUUUGCACUGGGCAGGUUGGCCUUCUGUAUUUAUCUGUGGAGUGAAUAUAAAAAGCUUUCUAGCUGCUUGGCAACCUCUCCGGAUCCAGAGCUCAGCCCUACUUGUGACACGGCUGGAACCAAAGCUGUGGACGGAAGGUGCAAGUUUGAGAAUGAAGUACCUACCGCCAUUGUGCUGAAAUUUUUAUAUGAGUUAUUUUGUCGUCCUUUCUCUCCAAAACAAAAAAUUAGAGAAUUAUUUUAAUACUUUGGAUUCUUCCCCCCUUUUUGAGAAAUAAAGUUCUUAAGAAAAGCCUGUGUGCACUA